CCGCAGAGCUGCCUUAACGGCCCCUGAUUUUUCGCAAACCUCGUUGCUAAUAACGGCGCCGGUGGGCGGAGCCGGUAACUAUCACUCGCCCUUCCUCCAAUCCACGUCCGGCCGGAACCCUAGCCCUUCCCGCCAGCGGUGGGCGGCGGCUGGCGAUGUACCCGUCGGGGGCCAUGGUGGGGGCGGCGCCCGCGACGCGGCCGAGCGCGUCGUCGCGGGUGGAGAAGGCCACGAGCCACCUGCUGAUGGGGCCCGACUGGGCCGUCAACCUCGAAAUCUGCGACAUCCUCAACGCCGACGUCUGGCAAACAAAGGAUGUGGUGAAGGCAGUGAAAAAGAGAUUGCAGAACAAGGACCCAAAGGUUCAGUUUUUUGCUUUGACGCUUUUGGAGACAAUGAUGAAGAACUGUGGUGAAUAUGUUCAGUUUGAAGUUGCUGAACAGCAUGUUCUGCAAGAAAUGGUUAAAAUUAUCCAGAAGAAGAAUGAUAUGCAGGUAAGGGAUAAAAUAUUAUUACUUUUAGACUCUUGGCAAGAGGCAUUUGGUGGUCCUGGAAGUAAAUACCCACAAUAUCAUUGGGCAUAUCUUGAAGUAAAGGCGACAGGUGUGGUGUUCCCAAAACGUCCUAUAGAUGCCCCGCCAAUAUUUACUCCUCCAGCUACACAUAAUUCUCAGACCUAUGGUUCACCCAGAUAUGCUGCAGGAAGUCUAAGUGACAGAAUGUCCUCGGAUGUUGAGAAUCUGAGCUUAGGAGAUUUUAAUAAGAUUCGAAAUGUGACAGACCUACUGAAGGAUAUGGUGUAUGCUUUAAACCCAUCUGAUCGAACGGCUAUUAACGAUGAAAUUAUCACAGAUCUUGUGACCGAGUGUCGCUCAAAUCAACAAAAGCUUCUGCAGUUUGUCAGUUCAUCAGGGAAUGAACAGUUACUAAAGCAAGGACUGGAGAUAAAUGAUCUCUUACAAAGUGUACUGGCAAAGUAUGAUGCUGUGGCCUCUGGUGCUCCUUUGGCAGUUGAAGCACCUGUGCGAGAGGCAAUCGAGGCUCCUAUGGAGGCUCCUGCAGUAAAGCCAUCUGCACCCCCAGAACAUAAUGAUAAUGUUAACGAAGAGGAAGAUGAGUUUGCCCAGCUAGCUCAAAGGAAAAACAAAUCCGUAGUAAGUAGUGACGAUGCAUCGUCCAGCACUGGGGCGGACCUUGCCCUUGUACCCAUUGAUCAAGCAGUUUCAGAAUCGUCAUCUUCUGUUGCAAGCAAUGCACUGGUUCUUCUUGAUCCUGCUCCCAGUACUAGCACUGAACCAAAAGAGCUGGACAUGAUCGACCUUCUAAGCCUCACCUUGUGCAGCCCUACUCCUGAAACUUCAACAGAUUCUUCAGCACAGGAUCAAAAUGGACCCCAGCAACCUGCAGUUACACAUAAUCAAAAUGGGCCCCAUGAACCUACAGUUACAAAUGGGCAACGAUAUCCUUCUAGUGUGCCACAGUAUCCUUCAAACUACCAGCCUCACGCUGCAAGCCAGGGUUAUGCUCCACAGAACAGCAACUACGUUGCACCUUGGGCCCAGACUGGAGCAUAUCCACCUCAGCCUCCAGCAUAUGCAUCUGGCUAUGGCUACCCUGCACCACCAUGGGUGGCACCUACACAACCUGUUGAUUCUAACCCUUUCCUUUCGGUUAAUUACCAAGAUCCUCGCCCUGCUGCCACUCCUGUUGCUCAACCAGCCACAUAUGCACCUCCCCCAGCUUCAUACCCCCCUUCUUCAAUAUCUUAUACACCAUUUGCAGCCCCCCAGUUAAUCCAGCAUAACAGUCCUGUGGGUUCACCAAGCAAUGGGCAGACUGCAAAUCAAGCACAACUGAGUGUGAAUCAUCAACAACCAAAAGAUUCUUCGGCAGCAUCUACCAGACCAUACUACAUACCUGAUAAUCUAUUCAGCGAUUUGAUCGAUGUGAAAAGUUUUGGUGGUGGAAAUAAGAUGGGCGGACCCACUACAAUGGGUAGCUCAAAUGGUGGUCAGCCUAUGAUUGGUGGAAAGAAAUAGGGUUAUUGGUCUAUAUAUAUAUAUAUAUAUAUAUAUAUAUAUAGCUGAUGGUGAUCGCUAGAUGCCUUGUUAUUUAUUAUUACUUGGUCCGGUGUACAUUUACUGUAUAUCACCAUUCCCUCUUUUGACAGAUUUGGCUGCAUUGGUUGAUUCGUGGGUGCUACUGUUAAAUUUUAACAGAGAUGUGGACAAUUGCUCAUGUACAUAAAUGAUUAAUAGCAUUGCUCCACUGAGGUGGAUGGUUGUGAUGAAAUCAGUUGGUACUGAA